AUGGACCAACUUCGCACUCAAUCCAAGGAGCAAGCAUUUGAGAUCGAGAAGCUCCGGUUGCAUAACCGCGCCCUCGAGCACCAGUUGACCAUCUACCAGGAGCAGAUCGCCCUUCUCACCCGCCAGAGUGGUACCAUCGUCCAGAAAAUGGUGCUCCCGGUGGCGCUGGCCCUCCCGGAAGCUGUCAAGCAGGACUCGUCGUCAGUGGCCAAGCUCGUCCCGCCGUUGAUCAAGAUCGGAAUCGUUGAUGAGAAGGCU